GAAGAGGUGCAGUAAAGCUGGUUUGGGAUUAGUUUGUUGCAUAGAAAUCCUGACUAUCUGCAGGGCACCGGUUGCCCUCCCGAGACGGAAUUGUGUCGCUUCGCCUCAGGAACUUUCAAAACCUAUCAUUGCAUUAAGCCCCUUUUCUUAUCGUCCAUUUGGGUUAAACGGAAAGGCGUACCUCGGGGUAUCGGGUCCCUUGACAUGUUUGCGCGCGUGUGCGCCCUCCCGCGCCGUAUCACCUCUCUCUACCUGUCCGAGAACUACUGCUCGCUGACAUCAUGGAAACAACCGUCUGAGAUCGCCCCCACCACCCUGUUCUGUUCUGCCGGAAGAUUCCCCUUGGUGUAUAGCGCUGUCAGUCAACGGUGACGAUUGGGUUGCACUCACUUUGGACCCUCCCCUGGAGCAGAGCUUAGACGUCCCUCCCGUUUUCUGCCGGCAAAGGGAGAAGCGAGCGCACAGGAAUCUUCUUGGAGCGUCAAGAAUGCCAUUGAAUUGCAUUUGUGGAAGCGAUGACUCUUGCCUUUCUUUCCUAUGUCUUCCCAUACUUCCAAUAGUUCAGUAGUUGAAUUGAUACAAAAGAAACCCUCUCAAAGAUCAUGACUGAAGAAAAGAGCCUUGGUGUGUCUCAAAAAGUCUUGCCACCUUCACGGAGUACCAGCAGCUGCUCCUCUAAACAAGGGAGCAGACAGGACAGCUGGGAGAUUGUAGAAGGACUACGGGGAGUUGUGAAUUACACCCAGGAGCCACAGAAACAAGAAGGCUACCUGCUGAAAAAAAGAAAAUGGCCUCUGAAAGGUUGGCACAAGAGAUGCUUCUAUUUGGACAAAGGAAUUUUGAAAUAUGCAAAGAGUCCAGCUGACAUAGACAGAGGGAAGCUGCAUGGAUGUAUAGACGUUGGGCUUUCGGUGAUGUCUGUGAAGAAGUCAACAAAAUGUAUAGAUUUGGAUACAGAAGAACACAUUUAUCAUUUAAAGGCAAAAUCUCAGGAAGUCUUUGAUGAGUGGGUAGCUAAGUUGCGCCAUCACCGAAUGUAUCGUCAAAAUGAAAUUUCCAAGUUUCCACAUGACAUCAACAAUCAUUUCUUCCCAGCAUCCUCUGUUAUUGAGUCUGUGUCUGGCCUUUUGGAGUACACAUCAAACAGAAAGAGAGGCAGCUUGAUGCAACAGAAUUCAAUGCAGACUGGAAGUAGCUUAUCAUUCUCCUGCUCAAACGAGUCAAGGAUUCCAUCUUGGCUUCAGUCUUCUGAGGAUUUGGAACGAUGCUCGAGAGACCUCUCCUACUGUCACAACUAUCUCUUGGAGAUGAGCCAGCUUUUGCAAAGCAUGGAAGUUCUCCAUAGGACAUAUUCAGCACCCGCCAUAAAUGCCAUGCAGGGCAUCCCUUUUGAAAGUCCUAAAAAAGAAAAAAGGACACACAGAAGGUGGCGUUCCCGAGCUAUUAGUAAAGAUGCUAAAGCAAUGUUACAGGUACCAGCUGUUCUUUCUGCUCCAUUGAGGCUGCAUGCUUCCAAUCCUAAUUUAUCUACAAUAGAUUUUGUGGAAGAGAAAGGUUACUCUAAUGGCUCUGAAACAUCAUCAGAAUUUUCUAAAAUGCAAGAGGAUUUGUGUCACUUAGCACAUAAAGUGUACUUUACCUUAAAGUCGGCUUUUAGUAUGUUAUCCACGGAGAGAGAUAAACUGAAGCAGCUGUUUGAACAUGAUUCAGCUUCAUCUCCAUCUGCUCAGAUAGUUGGACUGAAGAAUGCCUUAUCAUCUGCCAUAGCACAAAACACAGAUCUUAAAGACCGGUUACGCAGAAUACAUGCCGAAUCUAUGCUACUUGAUUCAGCAGCUAAUGCAAAAUCCAACCCAGAUUUGGCAAAGGAAGAUUCAGAGGAAGAAAACAGGGGCCUGGUUCAUCAGCUCUCCAACGAAAGUAGGCUGUCUAUAACGGAUUCUCUCUCCGAGUUUUUUGAUGCCCAGGAAGUCUUGCUGUCUGCCAGCUCUUCAGAAAAUGAGGUAACUGAUGAUGAUUCAUAUGCCAGCGAUAUCAGCGAUAACAUCUCUGAAGACAAUUUAAGCAAUGACAUAGAGAAUGAAAGGCAAACUCUUGACUGUGUUCCUGAUGGUAGUAUAGAAUGCCAAUCCCAGCGGAGGACAUGUCUGCCAGCUCCAUGCCCCAAUACAAGCAAUAUCAGUCUUUGGAACAUUUUGCGGAAUAACAUUGGAAAAGACCUCUCCAAAGUGGCAAUGCCUGUUGAGUUGAAUGAGCCGCUGAAUACCCUGCAACGCCUGUGCGAAGAACUGGAAUACAGUGAACUGUUAGAUAAGGCAGCACGGACACAUAACCUGAUUGAAAGGAUGGUAUACGUGGCUGCUUUUGCCAUCUCUGCCUAUGCAUCCAGUUACUAUAGAGCUGGAAGUAAGCCAUUUAAUCCUGUGCUCGGAGAAACCUAUGAAUGUAUCCGCGAAGAUAAGGGUUUCCAGUUUUUUUCUGAGCAGGUCAGUCAUCAUCCUCCUAUCUCUGCCUGUCAUGCUGAAUCUGAGAAUUUUGUCUUUUGGCAAGAUAUUAGAUGGAAGAACAAAUUUUGGGGGAAAUCCAUGGAAAUUGUUCCGGUUGGUACAACGCAUGUAAUUUUGCCAGCUUUUAGGGACCAUUACGAGUGGAAUAAGGUGACCUCAUGCAUUCAUAACAUUUUAAGUGGCCAGCGAUGGAUAGAACACUAUGGAGAGAUCAUAAUAAAGAAUCUGAAUGAUCCCACCUUUCAUUGCAAACUUACUUUUGUAAAGGCAAAAUACUGGAAUCACAAUGUUCAUGAGAUUGAAGGCAGUGUUUUGGACAAAAAUGGAAAAAUAGUACAUCGGCUUUUUGGAAAAUGGCAUGAAAGUAUAUAUGGUGGGACACCAUCUUCACCAACCUGUAUCUGGAGAGCAAGUCCAAUGCCUAAAGAUUAUGAGCAGUGGUAUGGUUUCACACAGUUUGCAUUGGAAUUAAAUGAACUGGACCCAGUCACAAGACCGAUGUUACCACCUACUGACUCCAGAUUUAGACCUGACCAAAGGCUUCUAGAAGAAGGGAAUAUUGAAGCAGCAGAAGUGCAGAAGCAAAGGGUUGAGCAGCUGCAGAGGGACAGAAGGAAAGUUCUAGAAGAAAACAAUAUAGAGCAUCAACCUAGAUUUUUCAGGAAAUCUGCAGACGACUCCUGGGUGAGCAAUGGCACCUACCUGGAACUGAGGAAAAAUCCUGGCUUUUCUAAGCUGGAUCAUUCUGUUCUCUGGUGAGAAAGGACAAGAGAAAGGGGACCUUUAAUUGUUGAUCCCCUGAUCAUCAUUUAAUAAGGAAAGAAAUGCUGCAUUAUCAUCUUGAUCUUCUAGUAUUUUGGUUAAUUUCUUUGUUCCGCUUCUUUCUUGCUACUUGGAUAGUAACCAUGGUUUUUUGAAUGUACAAAAACCUCUAGUUGUGUUUAUAUUUAAUAAACUUAUUUGAAUGUUAUCUUUGAAAAUGGAGGGGGGUUGGGGAGCAAAGCUUUAACACUAUUUUUUCCAAAGGAUAAUGCAAAGUUAAGAAUUAAUAUAUGCCUUAUUGAACUGUGUGAUAGACAGUAUCAGCCAGCAGUUGUCAGUGCUACGUGGCAAAAGCAGAAAGGAUACCGUCACCUCCUUGUGUCUGUAAGCUACCAAAGCCAGAGUCAAGUAUAUUUGGAUGUCUCUUGCCAUCUCAGUUGCUGAUGGUGCUGGAGUCUGACUUAAAAAAAAUCAAAAUAAAAUAAAAUUCCUAUUUUUACUGUAUUAGAAAACACAUUCUAAGAAAUAGUAUGAGUGGUAAGUAGAAUUCAUGGUUCCUACUGCCUUACAUGUGACAGGCUUGGCCAUUUGGUAGCUACUUAUGCCUUGUUGAAAUUAACGGAAUUUUGCCAUUGCAGAGUUAAUGUCAGCAAGAUUUGCACAUGAAAUACCCAAACACGUUGUGUCUCAAAUUUAUACCCUGUGGUGGGUUAUGCUAUGAAUUAAACUUUUAGGGCACAAUCCAAGAAAAGCUACCCCUAAGUUCAGUUACAACUUAUUCUGUUGAUUCUUUUAAAUGGGAUCUCAGCUACCUUUCCCUGGAUUGUACCUUUUCAAAUUAUAACAGAAUGGUUUCUCUCGACCUAGAAAAAACAGUUUAAUGAAAAAAAGGGUGACCUUUUUGCUUUCAUCUUAAGCAAACUCUUUAAAGAGCAUAAAUUCUUUGUUUCACUGGUACAAGAUCCUACCAGAGAAAGAAAUCCUUUUUCUUCAACAUUUGCAAGGUAGCUAAUUGUUUUAAGAGACAAAAUUGUUUUCUGAAAAUAAGAUUUUGGUAUUUUCUACCUCUUCUGAGCAGUAUAUUUAAUAUCUAGUAUUUUUUAAAAAAGUUGACCAUCUGCCUUAUAGAUAAACGUAUGGAAUAUAUAAUCUUCCUUUUAAAUGUUUUGUGUUUAGGUAAAUGUUUGUCUUGCACUAAAAGAUCGUAUGUCUUCCCUGUACCUUUUGUAUGUAUAGCACUAGUAUCAUGAGCAUGUUAGAACAGGAAAUGAAAGUAGAUGAAUUAGCACUUUUGAACAGCGGUAGAAACCUUGUGUUUAUUUUUCUUUCUUUUUUAAAAAAAAUUCCAGUUUAUACAGCAUUGCAUAUUAUCAAAGCAUGUACUCAAAAUAACUGCAGUCUGGAAUGCAGGUUUGUUUGUUCGGCUUUUGAAUCCAUUAUAUCCAAACUGAGAGGAAAGUGUUACUAUUAAGCACUCGUUCCAUUCCUGUUUUACUUUGCAUAUAACACAUAACUGCGCAUCCCAAUUCUAUAAAUGCUAUUUGGAAGUAAGAUCGAUUAAUUUCAGCGUGGAUAGGGAUAGAAGAAGAAGAAGAGUUUGGAUUUAUAUCCCCCCUUUCUCUCCUGUAGGAGACUCAAAGGGGCUUACAAUCUCCUUGCCCU